AUGAGCUCAGGGAGAGACGAUGCGGGCCAAGUCAGCCAGACAGCCGCCAUCCAAAACGUCGAUGAUCUCAUGACGCCUGAUCUCAUUACGCCGAGUCAUGAUGCAUACGGGCGUUCCCAGCCAGUCCGACAUGCGACUGAGGGAGACUGGGCGAUGCACAGGACGGAGAUCCAACGCUUAUACAUGGGCGAGGAACUGCCUCUAAAGGAAGUCAUGCAUGCCAUGAAAGAGAAACACAGCUUCCAUGCCACAGCCAAGAUGUACAAAACGAGGCUCAAAUCAUGGGGCUGUCGCAAGAACAUCUCACUCAGAGACGGCCUAGACAGCGAGACUGCACAACGGGCGCUUUGCGACAGCCAACGCGGCCAUAUCCGCCUCCCAAACGGCCAGACAGUAGACAGCAGCCGCCUCGCCGCGCACAUACGUCGCAGAUUCCAACGCAAUGCCGCCGUCGUCAGCCAUAACACAUCACCCAUGCCACACCUGCGAGCCGUGCGGCCGCCCACCACCUUCCACGUCUCCGAGGCCGUCCUCUUCAGCGUCCGCACGUACAUCCUGGGCGAGUACCAGGACAGGAUCACCACGGCGGAGGCGCUCGACGAGCUGCGGCGGCGCGGCAGCGCGGGGUCCUCCAAGUGGUCGCGGUUCACGUACGCCGUCAAGGCCGCGCUGAACGAGGACAAGUUCAACCAGGCGCUGGUCCUGAUGCGGCAGGCCCCCGAGGAGCUCGGCCUCCUGCUGCGCGGCCGGCCGGCCAACCUGCUCAGCCAGCUGUUCAUGUUCCUGGCGCACGUCACGCGGCGGCCGUUCUCGGAUGGUGGCCAGAGGGCGCAGUUCCUCGUCGUCGUCAGGUCCCUGGUCAGGUACGGGGAGUCGCUGGCCGCCCAGACCCGGCUGCCGCGGGACCACCCCCUGCGCCAGCUGCUGCGGGCCCUGGCCCUCCCGGCCCUGGGGCGGCACGACCUCGGGCAGCUGGCGGCGCAGGCGUGGAGGCUGAGCCUGUCGACGUGGGACGACAUCGUCACCGUCCCGGAGAGCACCAGCGCCCUCGGGGAGUGGAUGAACUACAGCGCGGUCGGCGGCCUGGGUGGCCUCCCCGUCGACUUCGGCACGAUCAUCGAGCAGACGCUGGCGAACCUCGAGGCUAAGCACGGGGAGCGCGACGAGCGGUGCAUAAAGGCCCUGUGGAUGCACGCCGAGUACCUGAGCACGGUCGACGACGACCGCGGGCUGGACGCUCAUCUCGACGACAGGAUCCUCGAUAUCUUCCAGGAGCUGCUGCGGCGCGGGGCCGAGGGGCCCCCGAGGCUCGUCGCGUAUAGGUUCAUAGCUGGUGCCCACCGGGCGCGCGGCGAGCGCGGACUUGCCGAGGAGAACCUGCGCAGCUCGAUCGAUGUCAUGCGCGGGGCAUUUGGCGAGGCGGAGCCGAUGGUGCUGACCUACGUGUCUGACCUUGAGACGUGGCUGGUAGAAUGGGGGGAGACUGAGAAGGCGACUGAGGUGGGCAAAUGGAGGGAAGAGCUCCAGAGUACUGUUGAUAAGAAAGGAGUGACCCCGAGAGAGUGA